AUGAGCAAAGCCGUUAUCAUCGAUGGCAUAGCAUACAACGAGUACCAAAGCGAAUUACAAUUGCCUGAAAUUAUACGGUUGAUCGAAAAUGAUUUGUCUGAACCAUAUUCUGUAUACACAUAUCGAUACUUUAUACACAACUGGCCGAAUUUAUGCUUCCUUGCUUUGGAUGGUGAUGAGCAUGUGGGUGUCGUCAUUUGUAAGUUAGACAGACAUAAAGAUAGACUUCGUGGAUAUAUAGCCAUGCUUGCUGUAGCCAAGACGCACAGAAAAAAAUCCAUAGGAUCAAAUUUGGUGAAAAUGGCUAUUCACGCGAUGAAAGAAAUGAAUGCAGACGAGGUUGUUUUAGAAACAGAAUAUACCAAUUCUGGGGCAUUACGGCUUUAUGAAAGACUAGGCUUUAUUAGAGACAAAAGGCUUUACAGAUACUAUUUAAAUGGUGUGGAUGCAUUCCGGCUAAAACUGUUUUGUAAAACAAUGGUGAAAACUAGAUUAAUUUAA